AUGAGCUACCUGCUGGGGUUUAUCACCAGCAUUCAAAGUACAUAUUUGGCCAAGCAAGAACAGCAGCUCUUGAGGCAGGACAACGAGAGGCUCCAGCGGGAGGUCCAGAGCGCCAAGGCAGAUCUGGCUCAUUCCAGGGAGAAGAUACGGCAGCUCGAAUCCACCAUCCUGUCUCUGAAGCACGUAAAACACCAAAGCCAGUCGGGGAUUGUGAAAGCCAUUGAGCAGGAGCAGCUGAAUCUGAAGAGGGAAUGUGAGCGGCUGCAGAAAGAACUGGCUUCAGCCAACCGAAAGAUCAGCCAGAUGAAUUCCCUUGAACAUGAGCUGGAAACCAUCAAUUUGGAAAAUGAAGGCUUACGGAAGAAACAGGUCAAACUGGACGCACAGGUGAUGGAGAUCUAACAUAGUUCUGGGCUUUGUGAGGUGGCAUUCAUGAGAUGAAACUAUCCCCACAACAAAAUAUACCUAGAAGAGGCCGUUAGCCUGGUUUGCAAGAGAGAGAUUGCACCCCAUCAACUAGGGAGCACAGGUCUGUCGACAGCCAUUAGCUGUGAUAAAUAACUAAGUGGAACUUCCAUGUAGGAGGAGGAGGAAGUUCCGUGCAAGGCACCCCUGGAAGGACCCCUGGAGUCCCCAGAGGGGCAGUGGGGCUGCCCUCUGUCGCCUUGCCGGGGCAGCUGGACACCCAAGAAAAUCAGGACAUUCCCCUCCCAACAAAAAACAUAUGAAACUAUAGACCUGGUUGCAAAUGCAAUUCAGCUGGCUUUGAGGAGACUGGAAUUUAACACAGAAAAUGCAGUUACUUGUAUCAUGGAUAAACCCACCAU